GAGGGAAGACGUCACUCCGAAGGGGCCCGUGACAAAAAUCACUUUGACACCCCUGCACUAAACAAUCCUCCCACGAGUCAAUUUGAAAGUGGCUGAUUAAAUGCCUCGCGCAGAGGAUGAAUCUCCGUUGACAAGGUAGAUGAUUAACUGAACGGAUGAGCCGUCGGCCGCCGACCUCGUUGCGUCAACGUGGGAGCGAGGCGAGCCGCAUGAACCUCAUUAGCCGGCCCGGACGAUAUCAAGCAGGGAGCAGCAGGAUGUGAUAAAAGACGUCGGGCAAAGCAAAGAUGUGAAAAUCAAGAAGCGGGAGGACGGACGUGUCGCGGCCGAGGACGGAAGCGCUUCUUUCCAAACAACUUGCGCAAGUUCAAAUGAUUCCGAUGCGAUUUUUAUCUUGGGCGCGCUCAAGGUUCCGCAUGAAGUUGAAAACUUUGGCGCUGCUGUUGUGCAUCGUGACAUGCACCACGUUGUUCUUCAGCUACGCCUUGCGAGAGCCCUCCGGCUACAAGUACGCCUUGCGCUUGGUCGCCUCCACCGAGGCCCCGUGCGCCUGUCGGCGGUGCCUGACCGAGGCGGAGGACGACCCCUGGUUCGCGGAGCGCUUCAACCGGUCCGUUCACCCGCUCAUGGCCAGGGACAACAGCGCGCUCUCCGACGAAACCUUGAAAUGGUGGCAGUCGCUACAGUUGGAGAAGCGCCCGGCAAACUUCAGCGAGGUGGUGGAGGAGCUUUUUCAACUCAUUCCCGACGACGUGCUCUACGCAGACGCCGGGCCGAACCGCUGCCGGACCUGCUCCGUGGUGGGGAACUCUGGGAACCUGAAGGGAUCCCAGUACGGACGCCUCAUCGACGCCAGUCAUUUCAUUAUAAGAAUGAACCAAGCGCCCACGACUGGGUUCGAGGAAGACGUGGGCGCCAGGACGACGCAUCACUUCAUGUAUCCGGAAAGCGCCAGGGAUCUCGACAAUGCCACCAGUCUGGUGCUCGUCCCCUUCAAGACUCUGGACCUGCAGUGGAUCAUCAGCGCCCUGACCACAGGCACCAUUAAAAACACUUACAUUCCUGUGAAGUCCAGGAUUAAGGCAAACAAGGAUAAGGUGUUGAUUUACAACCCGGCAUUUUUCAAGUACAUCGACGAGUCUUGGCUAAGGGGGGGGCAUGGACGUUAUCCUUCCACCGGCUUCCUCGGCUUGCUGUUUGCUCUCCACAUAUGUGACCAGGUGAACGUGUUUGGAUUUGGCGCAGACCAGCACGGGGACUGGCACCACUACUGGGAGAAAAACCUCGAGGCCGGCGCUUUCCGAGACACCGGAGUCCACGAUGGAGAUUUUGAAUAUAACGUCACGCGUCUUUUGGCAGACAAACACAAAAUCAGAAUGUUUGAAGGGAGAUGAUGGCACGGGGUACUCCUGCGCCAUGCGAUGAAUGUCUGUGAAAAGAGGAAGAUCUUUUUUCGAUGUCUAGCUUCCUACUUUUUCUUGUUACGUGAUGAGCCUCUAUUAUGUGCUCAGCCAUGAUCUAAAAUUGGAGCAAAAGACGCUGGCCACUUUAUGAGGUACCUGGUCGCAUUUAAAAAUCACGCGUGGGCACGAACGGGAAUCCUCAAUUUGGACUUUAAAGGACUGUCGGUCUUUAUUCUUCUCUCAACAAGACGGCACAGGUUCCGUUUUCCCUUGUGGAGGCAGCACGUCAUCACCGAAUUACACUUUGUCACUUUACCGUAAAUACGGCCCCGCCGCAUCGAAAACCUCAUCAAGCAGUCGAUGUGAAUCUGUGUGCCCAGCAAAACUCGGUGCGGCUCUGCUCUGUGUCCAGACUGCAAAUGAACGGCGCUUGUCCAGCGCUACCGCUGGAUUAUUUUAACGACAGUUACGUAACAGCAGGCAGAAGUGAAGAACAGCACAAGUUUGACAAGACGGUGCUUUUUCAUUUCGUACCUGGCUGGGCGGGUAGUGAAGAGGCCCAACUGUUAGUUUACCAACAAUCAAAAGUACAUUUUCUAUAUGAGGUCCCCGUUAACAGAAUAGCUAAUAACAGGGGCAAUGUUUACAGUAUGUGGCAAAAAGAGCUUCAAUGGUGACAACAGAUUGAACAUCACUCUUUGUUAAAACGAUUCAACCAAUUUCCCGCAGAUAAUUAGUCAAAGAAAAAGCGGAACGCAAUCUGCAGUGUGGUGCCUUAUCUGUAACCAUUUGCAUUUGGGUCACACAAUUGAACAAAAAGUAUCAAGUGCCUUUACCGAGUUUGGCUUGUAUUCUGAUCAGUGAAGUGAAACGACAUUAUUCUUCAAGCUCCAGCCGCUGUUCUGGAAAAUAUUGACUUGACGCAUUCCACAGAAUAACGUGGACGUUAAAGUGUUGAUAUGAUAAGAACCUUGAUAUUUACUUGGCUGUGCAGUUUCAAGAUAAAAAUGAUCACUCUUGGCUUGAAAUCAGCACUGAUGAUGAUGAUGACGGUACGUCGGCAAAUGUGUGAUUUUAUGUUUUGCUUCUUGUGCCUUAAAACCACUCGGUUGUAUUUUUGUCCUCCAUAUGAGAGCAGACUAAUUCCAAAUGAGCUGAUGGAAAUGUCAUCUGUUUGUAUGCUGCUGCAAACAUGUCAACAGCGCCACCAGGUGGGCACCAACUUUCACCUAUUUCAGGUUUUUGUUUUGUUUUGCUUUUUUGGGUGGUCAUACGGUUGUGUGUGAACACUAUUGCUUGUACGACCUAAAAAUGAAAUAAAAUAUUUCUUAUCAAUAA